CAGCUGUCACUGUCACCUUUUAUUGAAUUUUCCUUUUCAAAUUUUUAUUAUUUAUUUGAAAUUUAUUUUAAAUUAUUUUCGACUUUUAUAAACACUUUUUAUACAAAAUUAUUAAUUAAAUUUACAGUGAACCGUGAACCACAAAAUGCAAGCCAAGUAAAGCCUAUACAGAAUACGAAUAUUCCUAAAAAUAGGUCUGAUUAUGUAAUAGGUAAAGUUUGUUUACAUUUUUUGGUACUUAUAUUUUUGUCCCAUUUACAUUUCAUAUACAUAUUUAUUAAAAGUUUACUGACAAUGGAUGAGGUGUUAUUCAGGAGUACGCAGAAGUUUGAAGCUAUGCAGAUGCAUGCCGAUAUAGUUGCCUCGAGAACCAAAGACCUAGUUCACACUUAUUCACAAGCUACUCAUGCCCUGUUAGCGCAAGCAUGGCAGAGUGAUAAACUGGAACAUUUUAAAUACAACGUCGGCCAACUUAUCAGCUACCUAAUAGAAAUAUCCAAGGAUUUUAAAGAAAAGGCGAUCGAUGUAGCUGAUCCUAAAAGAUUAUGGAUGUAUCUGGCUAGCGUUUUGAAGGGGAGAUGGUCAGGUCGCGAAAUAAGUAUAGCAUGUGCCGGUUUUGUGGUCGGCGGACUAGUCGGAGUGACUGUUGGAUUGGCUGUACGAAGAAAAGAAACGAUUACGAGAUACAUGGAAGCGGUGCAGAUAAGUCAUUAUUUGGGACCUGAGGCUGCAACGGUGGUGGAAGACGCAAUAGCCCCAUACGAAUGUGGCGACCACGACAUAAUAAUAAACGUAAAAGCCUCAUCGGUGCAUAUAAUAGAUGCACAAAUUUGUUCGGGUUAUGGUAGAGUAUUUAGAAGGAUAUUAAGGCGAAUUCACAAGCAAUCGUCGUCAGACCUGCCAGUGAUCCUCGGCAGAGAUUGUACAGGAAUCAUAACUGACAUGGGAAGAAAAGUGAAAAGGCUCGAAAUAGGUGACGAGGUUUGGGUGACUGUGCCUUUUUGGUCUCAAGGGACUUUAUGCCAGACUGUUUUGAUAUCAGAAAACCGGGUAGCUAGAAAACCAAAGAAUAUAGGCUUCGAGGGAGCGUGCAGUAUACCAUAUGCAGGAAGUCUGGCACUUUCUUUACUGACAGAGGCUAAUAUCGAUUUUACGAAUGCCGGAGAAAAAAGGUUUCUUAUUCAAGACGGCUGUACUCCUGUGGGUUGUGUACUUAUACAACUUUUGAAGAGUUGGAAGGCGCAUAUUACGACCACUUGCUACAAGAGGGCAGUGCCGGUAGCAAGAGCUUUGGGAGCUAGCGACAUAAUUAGUAUAGAUGAUUCUGAUGCAGAAAACGAAUCAGGGGAUCACAAACAAGGAACUGAAAACCUCGAUUUAUCAAAAGCUCUAAUUAAAGAAUUGGAAGUUAGGGGAGAACAAUUUGACGUUAUCAUUGUGACAAGAAAUCAAAACUUAGACUGGGACAGCUUGAAUGUAUUUUGUUCAAAAAGUGGAAAAAUGCUAUCAACUAUUCCUGAGGAACUAUUAUCGGAUUCUUGUGGAUUUCUUAGCAAACUGAUAUUAUCCGGACUAGUCAGAUUGACAUUCUUAACACAGAAUUUCUUUGGUCUCCCACUGGCUAACUACGAUGAAGCCCACCUCUGUCACGCCACCCUCGACAAACUGACUGAACUAGUUGAAGAAGGCGUUUUACAAACUGUAGUUGAUAAAGUAUUUCACCCUAAGGACAUUGAAAUGGCCUUAAGUCACAUACAAUCGGCUGAAUCUAUUGGAAGUACAGUGGUGUCGUUGAGAUAACGAAAAUGGAUUAUAGUUGCAUAGCGAAUCUGUAUGUAGACGAAAAAAUCAUGGUACAAAAGUGUUUUGAAUCCUGUGGCUGGAGAAUUGAUGAGUCAUUUCACUAUUUAAUUUAAAUUAUAACAAAAAUCACUUUGGCAAAAUAUAACACAAUACUUGGCUCUGUUCAGAUACAUAUAAUGAGUGAAAUGGUUAAUUGAUGUAAAAAUUUUCUCCACUAGUAAUAAAACGGUGCUAAUUUCAAAAAAAAAAAUCGCAAACUCAGUGUUGAAAAGUAAUAAUUUAAAUAAUAUUGUGGUAAUUGUAAUUUUUCAGAAGGUUUUUUUUACCUUUUUACUGCCAAUUGUUUUUUUAUUGAUAUUCGAUAUUCUUUAUUCAGUGUUGAAAUAUAUUAUACUUGAUACAUAA